AUGGAUCAGAAUCAACCUUUUAUAUUAAAGAAAGAGACAUUUAAAUUUAAAUUUUAUAACACUUUGGAAAAAUAUUAUUAUAUUAAAACCAUUUAUUCUUUUAGUAUUGAUUAAUAAUAAAAUUAAGAUUUGGCAUUUUUCAUAAACAUUUGAGGAUAUUUUUAUUUAUUAAAAUUUGGGGGAAUUGAAAAAAUUAUUGAAUUUGAUGAGAUUGAAUUAACAAGAAUUCAUUUAGGCUAAUCUUUGGUCAUUGUUAAAUCCUUAGAUUAAAAAGUUUAACAAUUGUAGUUGUUAAAAAUAGAACAUGAAUACUUAGAUUGGAAUAAAAUUUGGUUGAAAUUCAAUGAUUAAAAUGAAACUUUUAACUGUAAAUAUUCAAAAAUAAAUAAUCCUAUACAUUUCACUGGUUAUCAAUGUCUAAAUAAUGAAAUCAACUCAUUAAAAAAAAUACUAAUUAUUAUAAAAUAUUUUUUCGAUAACUGUUUUGAUAAUAUAAUACUAACAUAACUCAAAGAUGAUAUAACUAAAAUAUUCUUGAGCCAAUAAUAAACGAAAUAUAAUAAACAAUUAGAUUAACUAAUUAAAGAAAUAAAUAAUUUCUUAAAAAAUAUUUAUAUGAUAAAGAGAAAUAAAUCAUUUCUAUUUUAUGAAUAUGCUGAUAAAAUAAAUGAGAGAAGGCAUGAAGGGAAAGUAGGAUAUAGUAAUGACAUAAUAAUUUAUGUAAACGACAUAAAAAAUGGAAAAAAAUUCCACUUAAUGUAUUUAAAUUAGAAUAUUGUUAAUAUUCAAGGUAUUCUUUCAAUUGUUAAACACCUCAAUAAUUGUAAAGGAUAUUAAAAAAUUUAGUAUGACGUGGAUAAGACUAUAAUUGCUAUUGAAUAAAUUUAAUAUUGCAUUUAUUAGAUUUAAAAAUUUAAUUGA